AUGGCGAAGAAGAUCAAGCAACACCCGCCCGCCAGCCCCGCCGCCUUGGUCUCCAACAAGCGUCGCCGCCUUGCCUCCAUCGAUGAUGCCUCGCCAUCUGCUCCCUCUGCGCCCACCGUCACACCGAGCGGCACGUCUGCCGGUCCGGCUGCCCUUGCUGCUCAAACCGUGCACAUCGUGGCAGGCUCAAAAAUCCAGGCAAAAGUCCGCGCCGUCAUGUCUGCGCUGGGCGCUUCGAAUUCGCUUGAGUCAAAGCCACCUUCCGCCGCUGAUGCCGAUACUACGCGAGGUGAUGUGCGGCCGUCCGAUGCGAGCAAAAACCUCGAUGGCGUCGUGCUGGUCGAGGCGCACGCCGCAGGCGCCAGCAAGCUCAUCACUGUAGUCGAGAUUGCUAAGCGCACGUUGGACAACGCGGACAGACCAUGGUGGGCGUACACCGGCGUGAAAGGCACAAUGGAAGAACUCGAAAGCCGCGGGGAUGUCCGUUCGAGCAGACGACAGCAUGUACAUGAUCUCAAUGCGUCUGCAAACGAACUGGUCGAUGGAUCUGCUGGGGAAGGUGAUGAAGAGGAGGCCUUCGAGCCCACAGGACGUGAACGAACCAUAUCUGAGAAGAAAGUCAGGAACGUCGCCGGGCUGUUUGUUUACCUGGCCAUCAAACCACUACCUUCACUCAAAGCUAUACACGGUGAGCAGUGCUCCGAAGCCUGA